AUGGCAGGGCGAGCGGCAGACCUGCCAGCGCAGGAGCCGCAUGCGCCACUGCCCGCGAAGCAAAUGGAACCAGCUCAGGCCACCGGCCAGAAGCCGGCACCAUCUUCUCCGCAGGAGCCUCCCGCUCCUCACAGCGCGCUGCAAGAGCUUGCAGCAGAGCCUGUAGUGGCAUCCGGUGAGGCGAGAACAGACAAGAAGCCAGACGAUGUGUUCGAGGCAACCAGGACAGCCAGCCAGCCAAAGAAGCGGGAGAGGUCCCAGGAGGCCAGCAGCAAGUCCGCCACUCUGCAGAAGAAGUUGGAUGAAGCUAAGGCUACAGAUGCCAAGGCCAGCAAGACAGCCAUCCUGCAAAAGAAGCUGGAUGAGGCCCGCAAGUCUUCGACCCCGAAAGCAGCGGAAGAGGCCCGAACGCCCGAGAAGAAACGGGACAAUGACAAGACCUCGAAGAGCCCGGGAGAGUCGCACCAGGAGGUGGGAGAAGCUUCCUCGUUGAAGAGGCCGACGGCUGCGCCAGAUGCAGGCACACCUGACAAGCUGGACCGCAUGCAGGGCGCAGUGUCGGACUUGAUGGAGAUGCAAGAAGCCGCCAAGCUUCGGCGGCAGAGAGUCCUGGAGAAGGCGAAGGGCGCGAAGGUGCAAGACGACAGAGCAGGAAAAACGCCCAAGAAGGGCAAAGCAGCUGAAGAACCGGAGGAGGCAGCCUACGAGGCAGAGGCGAGAACCCCCAAGAAGAAACGAGACAACGACAAGACCGCCAGGAGCCCGGAGGAGUUGCGGGAGGCGGUGAGAGCUUCCUUGCUGAAGAGGCCGAAGAGAGCGCCGGACCAAGAUGCGCCAGCCACCGAGGACAAGGCGGAAUCCCAGCCUGCAGAUCGCAAGGAAGGCCUGCUAAAGCGGAGCGCUCGCCCCAAGGCUUCGAGCAAGACUGGGUCGGAGAGCACCGCUGAGCCCUUCAACGUUUUCCGAGCGAAGGAUGGUGCAGACGCCCUCCUGAAGCCCGUCGCAAUGGAGCCCGCGAGCGAGAGCGAGUCGGAGCGCGGCGAGGCGCGCGGUUCGGAGCACAGGGACCGGCACUUGCUCGCGCAGCCCGUUCGGGCGGCGAGGCGCUCAAGCGAGUCGGAGGAGGAGGUGGCUCCUGACGCAAAGCUGCGGACGCCCAAAAAGCACAAGAAGCGAAGGAAGAGCGCCAAAGGCAAAGGCGCUGUGCCGACAGCCGCGCCGGCUCAGUCGGAACAGAAUGAACAGAGCACUCCGAGCACGCCGCUCAGCACGACGCCGAGCACGCCCGUUUCGGAGGAGGCCCCGCCCAGGGCCAAGAAGGAUCGCCGAAAGCGCCCGAAGGCGGCGGAGAAAGCGGAGACGGAGCGGACGCCGAAGGGCAAGCGGAAGACACCAAAGCGUGACAUUCCCGACUUUGCGGCCGAAGCAGAGAUCGGUCACGAGGCGAAGGAUGCGGAAGACAUCGAGAACAUCAUGUCCGUGAGUUCCGGAAGUGACCACACGGACUACGGCGUGAUCGAGUGCAGCUUCGUCUCCGAGAACGACGCGGCCCUGGGCUUGCGCCGCCGGAUCCAGCGCCACAAGACGCGCGCGCUGGAGGAGGCGACGAAGGAGGAGAAGAAGGCCAGGAAGAAGGCCAAGAAAGCAGCGAAGAGGGCUCUGAAGGCCAAGAAGAAGGCAGAGUCGGCCGAGGCAGCUGCGGGCUGCAGGCACGAAGAUGAUGACCCGAUGUGGGCCAAACUCAAGGACAGCUGGGUGUUGGGCUAUGGCUUUUCCUACGUCUACCGCCGAGCUGCGGCCUUGCGCCAGCCCUUCCAGCACGAGCACUUCGGUGAGGACUACCAGUUCCUGGUGGCGCUGCGCGAUGCCCCCGACAGCCAGGGAGUUCGCACGGUCCAUGACGAAGAGGGCUUGGUCUUGCACCUGCAGCAGGGUUUAAACCUCUCAAACUCCCACGCCCACCAGGAGGUCGACGCCGCCGGCGUUGCCGGCUUGGCUGUCGCGAAGCUUCCAGGCUUCUGCCCACCAACGCGCCUCCCAGAACUGGAGUCGCCUUUCAUAAGCAUGGGCGCCGCGCACCACAUGUUUCUCCGACCGCCUUCGUAUCCUGCAGCGGGAGCUCUGCGGCAGGCGCUGCGCAGGCUGGGAGUCGCUCGAUUCCCGCGGAGCCAGUGGCAGGAGGAAGAUGAUGCGCUCCUUUGCUUCUGCAUCUGGCGGCGGAGGGAGCUCUUCGUGGAACCAGGCAAAGUUUUUGCACCGGCCCCUCGCCUGUCUGGCGCGCGCCUUCCGGGCGAUGUGCCACGCACAGCAGCCGCAGAGUUGCGGGCUCUGAGGCAUGUGGGACGCCUCCUACUUAGCCGCUGCCCCACCCGCGCAGCCGCGCGAGCCGAGUGUGAGGGCUGGAUUCGACUUCAGGUUCGCCACUCCUCGCACAUCGCGCUGCUGGCCACGCUGUCGAGCCUGGCAUCGCUUUUCCCGCGAGUGCGCUUGGAAGUGGAGCUGCCUGGACUUGGCUUGGAGGAAGAAGCCCCGCAGAGACAGCAGGAGCUGGUUGGGGAGGGUCUGGGUGAUGAUGAUGACGAUGUGAUCCGAAUUCCCGGCUACGUCUUUGAAGAAAAGCUUGCCAUCGCCAACCAGUGGGCCUGCAACAUGCUGAGCCGGGAUCUGCAGGCGGAACGCGGGGUUGAAGCGGAGUGGCGGCGCACAGAGUAUGCAAAGUGGUGGCAUGCGGGCGUGCGACAGCUGCGGAAGUUGAUCGACAAAGUCUCCCGGAAGGUUGCACUGAACAUCGUUCGCCAGCAGGAGGUCCCCAAGGGCACAGGCCGGACCACGGACUCGGACCUGGCGAAUCCCAGCGCAGCAGGGCCAACGAAGGGAGCCGACCAAGAUGCGGAAGAGCCCAGGACAGCGGAGUCCGCUGAGAAGGUGGAGCGACCGCAGCUGCAGCCCACCAUCGUAGAUGUGGACAACCUCAGCUCCUUCAUCGGCCAGCCGCUCUUUCUCUCCAAGCGGCUCUUUGAAGGUGAGAUGCCUCCCGGCGUCGUCAUGGGCCUGGCCUGGACGAACCUGGGUGGCGCCACGCUCUUCAUCGAAGCCCGAGGUCGCAUGAUGGGAGGCCUAGACACAGAGUUCACCAGCGACAGCAUCAGCUUUCAGGUGGCCGAGCUGCCUCAGGAGAAGUCGGACUCCUCGACGCCGGAGCCGGUGCCCGGCGAAGAGGCCGGUGACUUGAGCACCAUGCAGGUCACAGGCCAGCUGGGGAGCGUCAUGAGCGAGUCCAGCAGCAUCUCACUGACGUUCGCGCGGAUGUUCCUGCGAGAGUUGUCGCCUGACAACUCCUACCUUGAUAAGGCUCAGAUCCACUUGAAUGUCCCGGAGAUUGCCACACCGAAGGACGGCCCCUCUGCCGGGGUGACGAUGGCCACGGCCUUGCUCAGCUUGGCCUUGAAGCAGCCCGUCAGGCCAGAUGUGGCGAUGACCGGGGAACUGACGCUGAUGGGCAAAGUUCUCAAGGUUGGUGGCAUCAAGGAGAAGGUCAUCGCAGCUCGCCGGGAGAAUGUCCAGACGCUGCUGAUGCCAAGGCAGAACGAAGCCGACUAUCUUGAGAUGAAAGAGUACCUCCGGGCCGGAAUGACCGCCCACUUCGUCGAUCAUUUCGACGACGUCUACCGCUUUGCCUUUGAGGGCCAAGAGGCUCCGCCACUCCCACGCGAGUCCCGCGGGCUGCCUGUGACGACCAUCGUCACAGCUUCUGAUGUUGCUCCACCACCUUUGAUCCAGGCGACUGUCACCACCGCCGACCUCAAUGGCAAUUCCGUCAGCGUGGCGGGUGGCUAG